AUGGGGAAAGAAAAGACCCAUAUCAACAUUGUGGUAAUUGGCCAUGUGGAUUCUGGGAAAUCUACGACCACCGGCCAUCUCAUCUAUAAGUGUGGCGGCAUCGACAAAAGAACCAUUGAGAAGUUUGAGAAGGAAGCUGCUGAGAUGGGGAAGGGCUCCUUCAAGUAUGCCUGGGUGCUGGACAAGCUGAAAACGGAGCGGGAGCGCGGCAUCACCAUCGACAUCUCGCUGUGGAAGUUUGAGACCACCAAGUACUACAUCACCAUCAUCGAUGCGCCCGGCCACAGGGAUUUCAUCAAGAACAUGAUCACGGGCACCUCCCAGGCAGACUGUGCCGUGCUGAUUGUGGCUGCCGGUGUGGGUGAAUUUGAAGCCGGCAUCUCCAGGAGUGGGCAGACCCGGGAGCACGCGCUGCUGGCCUACACGCUGGGGGUGAAGCAGCUCAUUGUGGGGGUGAACAAAAUGGACUCCACAGAGCCCCCCUACAGCGGCAAGCGCUACCAGGAGAUCACCAAGGAAGUGAGCACCUACAUCAAGAAGAUUGGCUACAACCCUGCCACGGUGGCCUUCGUGCCCAUCUCGGGCUGGCACGGAGACAACAUGUUGGAAGCCAGCUCCAAGAUGCCGUGGUUCAAAGGCUGGAAAAUAACCAGGAAGGAUGGGACUGUGGCUGGAAUAACUCUGAUGGAAGCUCUGGACUCCAUUGUUCCUCCAUCCCGCCCCACGGACAAGCCUCUCCGCUUGCCUCUUCAGGAUGUUUACAAGAUUGGGGGCAUUGGCACUGUCCCAGUAGGCAGGGUGGAGACAGGUGUGAUGAAGCCUGGCAUGGUGGUAACCUUUGCCCCCAGCAAUGUCACCACGGAGGUGAAGUCAGUAGAAAUGCACCAUGAGGCACUGGCAGAAGCCUUGCCAGGUGACAACGUGGGCUUCAAUGUGAAGAACGUGUCAGUGAAGGACAUCCGUCGUGGGAACGUGGCUGGUGACAGCAAGAAUGACCCUCCCGUGGAAGCUGGGAGCUUCACAGCCCAGGUUAUUGUACUGAACCACCCGGGGAAAAUUCAAGCCGGCUAUUCUCCAGUGCUGGACUGUCACACAGCCCACAUAGCUUGCAAGUUUGCUGAGCUGAGGGAGAAGAUCGACCGCAGGUCUGGCAAAAAGCUGGAGGACAACCCCAAAGAACUGAAGUCGGGGGAUGCGGCCAUUGUCCAAAUGGUCCCUGGUAAACCCAUGUGCGUGGAAUGCUUCUCAGACUACCCUCCACUUGGUCGUUUUGCUGUCCGUGACAUGAGGCAGACAGUGGCCGUGGGAGUCGUCAAGGCUGUUGAGAAGAAAGCUGGUGUGGCCAAAGUGACCAAGUCAGCAGUGAAAGCUAGCAAGAAGUAGAGGCCACGCAGAAA